UAUGGCAAAAAUCAUUUUUUUGUUUUUUGGUAAGACUGUUAUAAGCUCACAUGGCAAAUUUCAGCGUGAUAUGUCACAUAGUUUGUUUUCUGUGCUACUGUAAACAAGUCAAGCUCGAGUGUGGAAAAUUUUGAGUUGUGACCCUUUUGUAUUUAGGGUGCGAUAUAAUAACGCCAUCAGCCUGCAUAGAUUGUGUAUGGUAUUUUUACCUACAACAACUUCAGCGACUUAAGCGGUAUACAUGCUUCGCUACGCACGCAUAUGAACACGGUCAAGUGUUAAGAGUAACGACCUAGUUUUGAAAUUCAAAUUUGAAAAAGUCGAGCCAAGGAGCACCAGGAGAUUUGGUGGCUCCUUAAACACUCAGGCUAAAAACCCAUUGUACUUAAAGCUCUGCAAAGAGGGUAGAUAGUCAAGGAGGGAAAGAGAAAAGUAUCAGAGAAAGAGAUGGGAAAGAAUAGAGACAAAGAGAGAGAUAGUUAGUCCUGUGAGAAUUUUAGAGAACGAAUAUUACUCAUUCUCAAGACAUCGGAGCACAAAACUCGUAGCCGUGAUCUAGCAAAAGAAGGACACUCACAGAGAAAGUGGUCAGUGCUAUCCGCCUCCUCUAAGCCUGACAGGCACAUUGGCUCCUCAAUGAUUCCAAUGGUGGUUAUAUGCUGACCCCAUGGGUUGUGUCCUGUAAUCAUACCGACCAUCAACCAUCUUUCCUUCCAAGUUCUAGUAGAGAGUUCGACAGUUUUCUGUUCGGGCUUGUCACAAAAUAGUUUGCAGUUCUGCAGCGUUCUAGACCGUACCAUCUCUCUUUAUGUAGAUUGCCUACAUAAUCGCAGAUCCAGUUCAUGAUUCCUGCGAAACUGAUUCCGAUUAUUGGCUCUGGCCCUUGUGGGGGAACCGCAUAUCAUCGGCAAUUUUGUUUCCUUGAACACCGGAGUGUCCUGGAACCCAUGUAAGUACAAGCCUGUCCUGUUUUGCCAAAGAAUUAAGCUUCUUCUUACAUUCUUGAAAAAUCUUUGAGGUUUGCUUCGCAUUCUCCAGGACCUUCAGUGCAGCCUGACUGUCACUGAAAACUCCAAUCUGUUUCCCGCUCCAUCUCCUCUCGAUUAUCCAUUCGACUACUUUCAGGAUGGCAAAACCUUCUGUUUGAAAAACAGUUGUCAUUUCCCCCAUGGCAUAGUGAUAUUUAUUACCAUCGUUUAAGUACCAUCCGGGUCAAGACCCUAUUUCAUUCUUGGACCUAUCGGUAAAGAAAAUAUCCGUCAAACCUCCCUGCAUGCAUUCUGGAUUGCUCCACUCAAAUUUCCUUCCAAAUGAAACUGCGGGUAUUAGGUCGUCUUUAGUAAGUGAUGAUUGAUCUGAUUAGUGCUGUGUAUAUCCGUAGGACCACAGCAGGUUUCAUACCCCAGGUGUUACCAAAGGCUCUACGGCAUUGCUGAAAAAUCCUCAGUGCGCAAUUCACCUUCAGUGAAACGUGUAUCUCCCGAGUCAGCUUCUUAUCCGAGAUUACUCCUAGAUAUUUAACUUCAUCGGAAAGAUCAAGUGUCACACCUUUCAGUGUUGGAAGACUGAGUCCAUCCAAUUUCCGUUUUCUCGUAAACAAGACUAUGGUUGUUUUGUUCGGAUUAACGGAAAGACUUUGUCUCAUGCACCAGUCAUCGAUUUUGUCCAGAAUCCUCUGCACUUUGCCUCCUUAAGGAUUAAUCCAAUGUUAGCGCACAGACAUCGUCCGCAUAUGUUUGGGCAUGAAAACCGAGUUCCUACAUCUCCGCUAGUAGAUAGUCUACGACGAAGCACCACAGCAGCGGAGAAAGAACACCCCGUUGGGGACAUCCUUGCUUGGUCCUGACGGUGAUUAGUUCGUCACUGUUCUCACCAGCGGCUAAAAGCCUCUCAGAGAGCUUGGAAUGUAUCCAUUUUACGAUGAUUUGAUUAACUCCGUGUCGUUCGGCAGAAGAACAUAUUGAGCCGAAAGUGGCAAUAUCAAAAGCCCCCUCAAUGUCCCCGAACACGACCAUUGUGUAUUCGCCAGCCUCCAGCCCGGCUUCAAUCUUGCCAACAAGAUCGUGUAAGGCUGAUUCACAUGAGUUUCCACUCUGGUAAGCAUAGCGAUUUUUACUAAGUGGACUUCUCGGCAAUACAGAGAGAGUUCUACUACCCGGAAAAUGAGUUUCGAGUAGAGCAUUAAUGCUGAAAACAGUGAAGCCCGCACGGAAUGCAUGCCCUUACCGUGCACAAAACUGAGCAAAACUAUUUCCCGUAGAUAACAGCUGUUCUAGUUGGUUACAUACAUACAAACAAUAUUUACAAAAUACAUCAGUGACAAAAUGGACGAAGAAGUCAUCGAAAUUUGCGAGUUAUUUCUGAAUUUAUUUGAACUAUAUAUUUUAUAUAAAAAAAUAAAGGACCAAAAAAAGUGCAGAAGGUAUAAAGUUCGCCCAUUAAAUAGGAAUUGGGGCACAAGUGGUUAUCAAAUCCAAGUGUUCCGCCGAAUGAAAACAUUGGAGCCUGAUGAAUUGUUUUCACACACAAGGAUGUCCCCCGCCUGUGUAUGAGCUGCUUUUAAAAUUAGUGAACAGUUCCUUGAGGAAGCCAAAACAGCGGAUUGGUCCUGCGGGAAGACUAUCUUUAGUUUUGCUGUAUGCAUAUUGAGAAAGCGAGGCUUCAAGUCGAUUAAUAUUUAUUUCUUGUUGGUUGUUUAGAUAUUUGUCACAAGGUGUAUCUGUGAAGAGCAUUGCAUGGAGUUAUAAGUUAGGUGCAACGACUGUGCGCGAAAUAAUACAGGAAACUUGUGAAGUUAUCUGGCGGCUACUUUCUCCAGUUUACGUUAGCGAACCUACAAAAUCCCAGUACAGGGAUAUUGCGGAGGAUUUUUUUGAUAUGUGGAACAUUCCAAAUUGUGUUGGUGCAAUCGAUGGCAAGCAUGUUGCAAUCAAAUGUCCAGCCAAGUAUUACAACUACAAAAAAUUCUUUAGCAUCGUUCUGAUGGCCGUUUGUGAUGCCAAGUAUACUUUCACUGCAGUAAGCAUCGGGAGUUAUGGUAGUCAGAGUGACGGAGACAUUUUUCAACUUUCAUCGUUUGGACAGAACUUGAUGCAAAAUACUUUGCCACUACCGCCUCCCGCGCGUAUAUCUAUGGAAUCGCCCCAACCAUUACCACAUUUUUUCGUUGGUGAUGCUGCAUUCCCAUUGAGAACAAACUUGAUGCGUCCAUAUCCCGGUUUUAACUUACCAAGAACCAAGCGGAUUUUUAAUUAUCGCCUUUCAAGGGCGCGUAGAGUAAUAAAGAACAGCUUUGGAAUAUUAACGGCGCGAUGGAGAAUUCUUCGCACCACGAUUGAAUGUGACCCUAAAAAUUGCGAAAAAAUAGUGCUGGCCUGCAUUGUUUUACACAAUUUUAUAAUUUUAAACGAUCACAAUCGUUGGUAUUGCCCUGAAAAUUAUGUUGAUCGACAAGAACCAGGCAACAUCGUUCAUUGUGGGGAAUGGCGACGAGAAAUUAAUAGUGAAUUGUCAUUACCACGUAUACGGACUACAAUUCGGAGAGCCUCAACAAAUGCAUUUAAUAUCCGCGAUAGGCUUGCUGAUUAUUUCAUAAAUGAAGGAGCUUUACCAUACCAAGAUGACAUAGACCUUUCCAUUGGCGGACCCUAAAU